AUGGAUGUGGGCCCGGGUGAACCAAUUUCUAAUCCACGAUCACAAGAUGGCAUGGUGGAAAACCAGUCAAACUACGAGGGAGAAAUUCUUAUCAAGUCGAGUUCUGUACCAUGUGAAGUCGAGCAUGGGCGGGAUGUCGAAACAACAGACCCAGCUCCGGAAGAAUCAAUUGUGGAAACAAGGGAAGUAUCUAAGAAGUCUAUGUUGGAAAAUUAUAAACCCGAGGACCUUGAUGAUGAGGUUGAGCAUGCUGAGUUAGAAUAG